CAUCUUGUCUAAUGCAGUGAGUCACGACAACCAACGAGGUGAAAUUUCCCUUCAACUGUGCUGCAUAACACUUAUAGCUUGAUGUGAUAGAGUAUAGGAUGACUGAGGGGAAGAUGUCUAUUGUCGUCACAAUAUUACAGCUGCAGUCGACUAGCAGCGAUAUUCUAAAGAUUUGCCCAAGAUUUCGGCUACUAGUGAUAGGGAAGACCGGAGUCGGAAAGUCAUCACUGAUCCAGCAGGCAUUCAAAAUAAAUGAAGUACAUAUUUCUGAACACAAACGUGGUGAAGCAGAUAUCGAAAGGGAAUUCAUUGCGGCAGAAAAUGAACGAUUUGUCCUCCACGAUAGUCAGGGGUUUGAAGCUGGCGAUAGCAUGAUUUUUAAGACUGCAAAAGACUUCAUUGCCCGCAGACGCAAGGAGCCUAAACUGCAGGACAGGAUCCACGCGGUCUGGCUCUGCCUCUCGAUACCUCAGGCUGAUGGACGCUUGCUUGAGAGCGGGGUAGAGGAAUUUCUCAAAUUGAGGAAGGACAUACUAGGCGAUAUUCCGCUCAUUGCUGUCUUCACCAAGCAUGACAUCCUUGUCGACAAAUUGGAGUACGACGCUGGUGAAUCAUAUGAUGAAGUCACUCUCGAAGAGCUUAAAGUUAGCACAUUGGAUAAACUGUGUAUCCAGCCGCUUAAGGAGGCAGCUGAGGGCGACAUCCUGCACACAACUGUUUCGACGAACGAAGAGUACGAGAGCACCAUAAGACAACUGAUCGAUCUUACAACCACGAACGUCGAAAAAUAUGUUGCCUCAGAAGCGGCAUUAGCAAUGAUGAUAGCCCAGCGAGUAGACAUCGGUCUUAAACUUAAGGCUUCAAUUGCCAUCGGCGAGAAAAGAUAUUGGAGAGGUCUCGCUUCGAGCAUGAACUUCACCGGUUUUACCAUGUUAGACUGCUUGUCUGUGAUUCACAAGGACAUAAUUGACGUUUGGAACUUCAACGACCCUCAUUGUCACUUGGCCAGUGACCAGUUCAAAGAGCUGAUUCUAAAAGAUCUAGACAAGGUUGAUCUUCCACACACGGCACAGGCUUUUGAAUUCGGCCUCUCCGUGGUCGCGACAAUUGCAUCGAUUUUGUCAUCGUUAUCUGGCCCGCUUCUACCAAUUGUCGUACCGAUUGCCGCAGGGGUGGUCUUGACUAAAUGGGUUUAUGAUACCUAUCAACGGACAAACAUUGUUUUGCGGCGGAUCAUGACAUACAUCGUGGAUUUAACAUGCAUCAUGCAGAUCUUGUUCCUGUUAGCACCGACAGGGCCUAUUUCUCGUCACGUCAUCAAAAUUGCCAUCAAAGGCUAUGAGGGGACGUGUAAAAGCGAUGUUCACUCAGCAAUUCAAUCGCACUGUGUAUCUGUCACCCGUGGCGGAGGGGACGAUGCGUUGGAGAAGAUAGUUAAAUUGAUCAAGGAUCAUUCUAUCAAGGCUGAAGACGUUCAGAACCUGAGGACGAAGAUUGGGCCCGUGGAUUUGCAAGUAGACGAAGAGUGGUAGACGGUCACGGUGCGGGCUUUCAUACAUGACAAUGGUUUGUAGUUUCCAAAGCGUACCUAGUUCACUAAUACGUGUACAUAUGUGCACAGUGCUCAUCUUCGUAUACGUUUGACUAAGGUUUGAACUCGAGCUACAUAAGUGUAACUUAGUAGUAGAUUGCAGGUUUAGUGGGGCAGGAAUCUGUUAUACUUGGCGAUGAAUAUUCA